GCCUACCUGAUAAAUGAAAAAAAGACAAGCCUCUGGUCGCUUAAGGGUUAAACGUCAUUUGGUAGUAGGAAGUGGGUGGUAAGAGCUGAGGAUGGAGCGAAGCCUGUGUAGCAACCACUGAUCAUUUUCCGCGAGAAAAGCAAUGUCACAUCGGAGAAGAGGAGCGUGAACGCAUCGUAUAUACCUGCGAGUGAGCACGGAAAACGGACAAAUCUACCCACCAGGGGACGAAAACGUGAAGUUAUCAACCUGCUUUCAGCGCCGAUGUGUGUGUGUGUGUAUCUUUCCCCAGAUGGACGUAUAGAGUCUCUAUGAUUCUCAUUGAUCUCGUCUUUUUUUAAAUGCACACAGACGGCUCUUGACAGCGCCUGGAUGUGUGUCAUAUAAUCGUUGUGUAGCAAUGUGCAAUAUGCAAUGGACUCCGUGUACAUGCAUGCACCGGUGCCUCCACAGCACACAGACUGAGUGUUUGAAUGUGGACUAACAUGUAGCGGAUUGCUGCCGAUCCCUUGUGAUAGAAGGCAUUUUUUUCUUUUAAAGGAUGACAGCUGGGUGUUGCUGGUGCAGUGAGCUGCUUGCAGUAUUCAUAUGUUUGUUUUGAGCUGUGAGGGAACCGAGGUGAAGAUGUGUGCAAACUUGUUUGGUAUAUCUAAUCUGUGGUGUGAUAACCUUCGGUGUGACAGUGUGCGCUGCUCGGGGGGUUUCUCCUCUAUCUCUCAGCUGGACUUCAGUUGAUCCCACCGUGCAGCCGAGAGAGGCUUAUUCAGCAGUUCCCACCACAGAGCAGCCUAGUCAGUAGUCUGUGUCAGUCUCUGCCUGGAUGCUCGCUGGGGUCGAGCACAAGAGCGGCACUUUUCUUUAAUACUUUGGUCAUAUUUGAUAGUUUUCUUUGUUGUUGUUGUUGUUGUGCGCCAGAGAAGAUAGCGUUUAUAUCUCUCUGUUUGCCGUAUGAUAUUAUUUUACACGCUGAUAUUACCUGCUUCUCGCUGGUAAAUAAUGAGCAUAUCGGUUUAUUUGUGAAUAAACAACCCGUGCUGGCAAGCUGAAAGCCACGCGAGAGUGGGGCUUGUUCUCGCCCCCGUCACCUGGAAAGCACAGGAGCCACGAGACUGUCCGACAGGUGUGAUCCCGGACACGCGCCAUGGAUGAUUCUGGGAUCAUCCGAAGACGGAGGCUGCAGAAGGAUCUACCUCUGCCCCGAAAAAGUAGCAGUUGCAGAACCAGUAACCGGAAAAGCCUCAUCCUGACCAGUACAUCCCCUACCCUGCCACGGCCGCACUCUCCACUGCCUGGACACAUAGGAAGCAGUCCGUUGGACAGCCCGCGCAACUUCUCACCAAGCGGACCUGCCCACUUUUCCUUCGCCUCGUCUCGCAGGGCUGAUGGCCGUAGAUGGUCCUUGGCUUCUUUGCCUUCCUCAGGAUAUGGCACCAAUACACCCAGUUCAACGUCAUCCAGCUCAUCCCAGGAGCGUCUGCACCAGCUGCCCUUCCAGCCAACCAUGGACGAGUUGCACUUCUUGUCCAAGCACUUUGGCAGCACAGAGAGCAUCACGGACGAUGACGGGGGCCGACGCUCGCCGCACGUCCGCCCUCGUUCUCGAAGCCUCAGCCCGGGGCGCUCUCCAUCCUGCUAUGACAAUGAAAUAGUGAUGAUGAACCAUGUCUACAAGGAGCGCUUCCCUAAGGCCACGGCUCAGAUGGAGGAGAGGCUGGCAGAGUUCAUCCAGAACUACUCUCCAGAGAGUGUUCUGCCACUGGCCGACGGGGUCCUCAGCUUCAUCCACCACCAGGUAGCUGAGCUGUCCAGGGACUGCCUGACCAAAUCACGCGAGGGGCUCAUUACCAGCGUCUACUUCUGUGAACUGCAGGAGAACCUGGAGAAGCUGCUGAAUGAUGCUUAUGAGCGCUCUGAAAGUUCGGAGCUCACCUUCGUCAUUGAGCUGGUCAAAAAGCUCUUCAUCAUCAUAUCUCGUCCAGCCAGGCUUCUUGAGUGUUUGGAGUUCAACCCUGAAGAGUUUUACCAUCUGCUGGAGGCAGCGGAGGAUCAUGCCAAGGAGGGACAACUGAUGAAGGCAGACAUCCCUCGAUACAUCAUCAGCCAGUUGGGGCUGACCAGAGACCCACUGGAGGAAAUCGUGAGCCUCGACAGCUAUGACAGUGAGGGUCCACAUACUCCAGAGACCGAUGACUCAGCAGAGGGGAAAGGGAGAGCCAUCAAGCCACCAAGUGAAGAAGAUUUUCAGAGUAUCAAACUAAUCAGCAACGGAGCUUAUGGCGCCGUCUACCUGGUGCGCCACAGGGAGACACGUCAGCGCUUUGCCAUGAAGAAGAUCAAUAAGCAGAAUCUGAUCCUGAGGAACCAGAUCCAGCAGGCGUUCGUAGAGAGGGACAUCCUGACCUUCGCAGAGAACCCGUUUGUCGUCUCCAUGUUCUGCUCCUUUGAAACGCGAAGACAUCUGUGCAUGGUCAUGGAAUAUGUUGAGGGUGGUGACUGUGCCACGUUGCUGAAGAACAUCGGGGCUCUGCCUGUCGAGCUGGCAAGGAUGUACUUUGCUGAGACUGUUUUAGCCCUGGAAUACCUUCACAACUAUGGUAUUGUCCAUAGAGACCUCAAACCUGACAAUCUACUGAUCACCUCCAUGGGACACAUCAAGCUUACAGACUUUGGCUUGUCGAAGAUGGGUCUAAUGAGCCUCACCACCAACCUGUAUGAGGGACACAUUGAGAAAGAUGCCAGAGAGUUCCUGGAUAAGCAGGUAUGUGGUACUCCAGAGUACAUCGCUCCAGAGGUGAUUCUCCGUCAGGGCUAUGGGAAGCCAGUGGAUUGGUGGGCCAUGGGCAUCAUCCUCUACGAGUUCCUGGUAGGCUGUGUGCCUUUCUUUGGAGACACUCCGGAGGAGCUGUUUGGACAGGUCAUCACAGACGAUAUAGUUUGGCCAGAAGGUGAUGACGCCUUGCCUGCAGAUUCCCUGGCCCUCAUCUCCGCCCUGCUGCAGACCAACCCUCUUGUGAGGUUGGGUACAGGUGGAGCGUUCGAGGUGAAGCAGCACUCAUUCUUCACAGAGCUGGACUGGAACACUUUGCUGAGACAGAAGGCAGAGUUCAUCCCUCACUUGGAGUCAGAGGAGGACACCAGCUACUUUGAUACCCGCUCGGAUCGCUAUCAUCAUAUCAAUACAUACGACGAGGACGACACCAACGACGAUGAGCCUGUAGAGAUCAGACAGUUUUCUUCCUGCUCCCCUCGCUUCAGCAAGGUGUACAGCAGCAUGGAGCAUCUGUCUCAGCUGGAGCAGAAAGCUACGAGCUCUGUGUCCCGUCGGGAGCACAAGGGCCCGCGGGAGGACAAGGUGACCAAGAGAGAGAGCCUGGGCAGCUUCAGCAUGAGAGACAAAAGCUGGAGGACCGGGUCCCCGGAGAUGAAGCGCCUGUCUUGUUCAGAGUCCCUCUACAUGGAGGGGGAUGCCAGCCCUCCCCUUGGUGCUCGCCGACGCUUCUCAGCACUGAUGGAUACACAUCGUUUUGCCUCACCCCUAGACGGUGAGCCAGACUUCCUGUCCCGCCAGGUGCCCAUCAAGGUCCGUGGAACCUCCCUGGAUGGGACCAGCGUCCCCUCACCAAGCCUCCUGGAGCAGAGGAACAGUCUGAAGGAGAUCAAUGGAGCAGACAAAUCCCCUAGACAUGGAGAGACACCGGGAGUUGCCACGGCCAUCACCACAUUAUCCCCAGGUCCUGCAGCAACCGGUCGUGACAUGAUGACUCCUCUGUAUGACCCUCUGGGACCCCGGGCCACCAAUGACCUUGUCCUCCGCAGGGCGCGGCAUCAGCAGUUGUCUGAUGGAGAGAAACGCAACUCCAGACCUGGAAACAAAGUCACCAAGUCAGCCUCUGCCACAGCCCUGUCUGUCAUCAUACCAUCAGUGGAGCAGCAUGGCGGCUUCUCUCCGCUGGCCAGUCCCAUGUCUCCCCACUCUAUCUCCUCCAACCCCUCGUCCCGUGACUCUUCACCCAGCAGAGACUUCUGCCCAGCAGUCAGCGUGCUGCGCUCUCCCAUCACCAUCCAUCGCUCUGGAAAGAAGUACGGCUUUACUCUCAGGGCUAUCAGGGUCUACAUUGGAGACAGUGAUAUCUACAGCGUGCAUCACAUUGUUUGGCACGUGGAGGAUGGUGGCCCCGCCCAGGAAGCUGGCCUGUGUGCCGGUGACCUCAUCACCCACGUCAACGGGGAGCCUGUCCAUGGUUUGGUCCACACUGAAGUGGUAGAGCUUAUCCUCAAGAGUGGAAACAAGGUGACAGUGACAACCACACCUUUUGAGAACACCUCCAUUAAAGUGGGUCCCGCCCGCAAGGCCAGCUACAAGUGUAAGAUGGCCAGACGAAACAAGAGGACCAUGGGCAAGGACAGCCAAGACAGUAAGAAGCGUAACUCAUUGUUCCGUAAGAUCACAAAGCAGUCCAAUCUGCUGCACACCAGCCGAAGCUUGUCCUCUUUGAAUCGCUCUCUGUCCUCCAGUGAGAGUCUCCCUGGCUCACCAACUCACAGCUUGUCUGCCCGGUCCCCGACUCAGGGCUACCGCUCCACCCCUGAGCCCUCAUACCUGGGAGCUUCCUCCCAGAGCAGCUCUCCAGCCUCCAGCACUCCAAACUCCCCUGCUCCAUCUCAGCACAUGAGGCCCAGCUCCCUGCACGGCCUCUCCCCUAAACUCCACCGUCAGUAUCGCUCUGCCCGUUGUAAAUCUGCUGGUAACAUCCCCCUGUCCCCGCUGGCCCACACACCCUCCCCUACCCAGUCUUCCCCGCCACCCUUGCCAGGACACACAGUGGGAAGCUCCAACACCACCCAGUCCUUCCCUGCCAAGCUCCACUCCUCACCGCCAGUAGUCCGUCCCAGGCCCAAGAGUGCGGAACCCCCUCGAUCGCCUCUUCUCAAACGGGUGCAGUCAGCAGAGAAGCUGGGCUCGCCUCUGACCCAGUCCAGCUCUACCGGAGGACUGGGGGGUCCGCUGAGGAAGCACAGCCUGGAGGUGCAGCACUCUGAGUACCGUAAGGAUGCCUUCCUCUGUGAGCUCGGGCUCCAGAGCCUGCUGGAGACAGAAGGUGAAAAUUUGCCUCCUAAUCCUCCACCCCUGCCCUCAUCCUCAACCAACCCAGAGACCGGGGUCCUGAAGCCUGUGAGGAGACUAGGGAGACAAGAGUCACCACUUAGCAGGGAAACACUGCUGGCCGGGAGGGAGAGGGAAGAGAGGGAAAGAGGAAGGGAGAGGGAGAAAGACAGGGAGACUGAUACCACGGCAGUCCUGGAGAGAUUGAGUCGGGUUGGAGCAACAUUAUCCCAGUCAUCCUUAACAAGAAAACCCCAUACAGGUGAGCAGCCCUUGAGCUCGCAAGCUGGCCCGAGCUCCAGACUAAGUUCAGAAACCACUAAAACUACAACUCCUAGCACCCCUACAAAAACAACAGGAAGUCUAAUUGGCCAGAAGGGGCCUGAAAAGAGUCCGGCAGACUUAACUCCGAAACAGGAAGACCACAAGGCACCCAAAGGUAUGUUAUCUAAUAGUAAAGAACCCCGGGAGCAACUAGGGGGCAGAACUGAACCAAAGCAGGAAGGAAACAACAAGAGCAGGCCUGGUUUACCUGGGGCUGCCUUCACCAAGAGCUCUGCUUCUACUCCUGAUAAAUCCAUCGGCAUCCACGCGACAGUGACAGCAGGUCCUCUGAGCAUUAAUAAAACCUUUAAACCAUCAGGUAUGGGGGACAGCCUGAGGAAGGCUGGAGCAGAGAGCAGUGACUCGAGGACUCAAGAUCUCGGCUCCAAAAGCCCCAAACUUCCAGCUCGCGUUCUUGCUCCCGUCGUGCCCCCACAUGGGCAGCCGCUCUCGCUGGGCAAGGUGAGGCAAGGACUUGGGUCUGUCAACUGCUACCGGGGAACCCUUGACUGGGAGGACAAAUGUCGCCUUGAGGUUGUGGAGGAACAUUCGCCUUCCCCCUCUCCCUCCCCAACUGCUGUCACCCCCUCCCUCUGUGGACCUUCGCUCUGUAAGUCGCGGCCUGUCUCCCCCGGCGAAAAGACGAGCUUCGUCAGCCAGCUGACCACCGUGGCCAAGAACGUCCUCGGGCCAAUCAAGCUUGGCUCCCAGGAGGGGGCCAAGAGCAAAGACCAGCAGACUAAGGCAGCGGAGGAGAAACAGGGAGGCACAGCAGGAAAGUCUGACACUCCUGCUGGAGGUCGAGUGAUUGUUGGGGCUGCAGUCGUGACCCAAAGUCCUGCUGCUUCACCACUGGAGAAGGCUGCAACAGGUAGCAGCCAGCCGAAAAUGUGACCCCAUGGGGUCCCUAAAUGGGACUUUAGUAGAAAAAAAGAGAUGCCUUUUUUGGAAGAACAAUGCAACAGAAGUCAAGCACUUAAAAACAUGUACAUUCCAGUUUCAGAGUAUAUGAAAUGUUAUUUAUUGAUUCCAAUCAUUGACUGAUUCUAACUUUAAACCAGGAGUAAAAUAAUCUACUGUAAAGGUGCAUUAUCUGUUGAUUUUCUAUUAUAAAGUAUUUAAUAAGAAGACUUAAUGUAAUGUGGAACACUUUAUCAGAUGUAUAUGUGUGUGGGUCUAUGUGAACGCAUGUCACAUGGUUUGUACUUUACAUGUAUUAUAGAUACAAGAAGGUCAAAAAGUGCUUUACCGAUCAAAACAUGCUGAAUACUGUGAAUACCAAAUCCAGUCACUCCUUUCUUCUUUUACUGCUUAUAUCAAACAAGACAAUGAAACGAGGAGGAACCAAGGCACAGUCGGUCAAAUUGUAAUAUUUGCAUCAAACAACACGAAUGACACACAGCCUCAGUUUGGCUACGGUGGGUAAAGUGAGCAACAAGAUGAUUAAGCUCAUUUCUUCUUCAUCCAGCAGUUUACUGAGCUGAUGUGCACAGUCAGACAAAGCCAAAGCAGGCACUCUGUCAGUGGAUGUCACAUCAAGCACGGUUCAGCUCUGUCUGUCACAGGGGAUUGUGUGUGUGUGUGUGUGUGUGUGUGUGUGUGUGUGUGUGUCUGUGUGAGAAACCACCUUGGGUCUAUUUCUGGUGGUUCUUGAAGGCUGUGUCCUGCUGCAAAGGAAAGCGAGGUUGACAGAGCUCAGGCUCAGCGCUUAUCUCCCCUUCGCAGGAGGGCUACCACAGCCCUUUCUCCCUCUGCCUCAGACUGCAGCCUACACACACACACACACACACACACACACACACACACAGAGAGAGACAGAGACACAUGCACAAACACGUGAACACACGCUUACACAGGAGGCAGCAGUGUCAGCAGCUGAUUUUCAUGCAUUUAAAUCCAUACGCCUGUGGCCCCUGAAUUUAAGUGUGUUUGCGAGUGAGUGAGUUAAGAAGUGUGUAAGUGUGUGUGUGUGUGUGUGUGUGUGUGUGUGUGUGUGUGUGUGUGUUUUCAAGGGGUAAUUACACUCAGCACGGUUGACUCAGCAAGGGUCAUGACAGAAACCAAACUGGAAAUAAACAGACAGCAGCUGGGAUCCAGUAACAGUUCUCAACACUCUGCUACUUUAAUAACAAUAAUCACACAGACAUAGUGAUGAUUACUUAUGUGGAUGUAAAAGAUAAUUAUAAGCACAUAUACAGUGAACCCAUGUGUUGUUUUGAGCCAAAACAGGCAGUCAUGGAUGUAGCAUACUGUAUUUUGUUAAAGGGCUCUAUAGCUAAACUAGGGUUUGUGGAUAUGGGCAUGGUACAGUAUAUCACAAUGAACCUUUUACUUUAAAAAAUAAGGUUAUCUACAGUGUAAUCAGAAUGGCUGUGUUGAUACAUUAGGUAGGCUACUACAAGCUAGGUAGUCGAGAUUGAUUAAUGUAAUGCUCACAUUUGUCUAUGUAACAUACUGAUAAAGGUGUUUGAAUCAAUAAUCUCAGCGCCAGAGUGCUGAGAAGGAUAAAAUGCUCACAGGAAAAACAACUUUCUCUUCUCCCACUUGUUGUCUUAUUCAUCUCUUUAGUAGUUAAUUCUCAGUAACUAUCCAGUGUACAUAAUCUUAUGCAAACCAUUUACAGCUGUAUGUGAGGACGGCUGUCACUUUACUGCUACUAGCUGAUGUACUGAUUUGGGGUGGAGAGUAAGGUUUUGACGAUUUAAUCCAGUUUUGAAUUGAUGCGUUGUUAAAUAUCACUUUCUGAUAGCGAUUUGAUUAGAAUGACUUUGAUUCCCCAUCAAAUGUAAACUGAUUCAACCAACAACAGCAACUUCACAACGAGGCAGAAGUUCAAAGACUGACAUUUAUUUUCUAGUCUCAAACAACGGUGGCUCAGUCUGGGCAACAGUUUUGACUUGCUAAAUGUUCAAGUUUGUUCUGUUAGUUCUGUUUUCCGAGAGGCUCUCAGUGUAAUGCUGGCAGCAUUGUUUUGGUUUUGUCUGUAUGAAGACAACAAAACAAUGUGCUGAAAAUGGCUUUAAGAUAUGUCGAGCUACAAAGUGGGAAGUUGAUGUGUGUGGUAUUGGCAGUAUACAAUUACAUAACCUGUCAUUAGUAUAGCUUAAAAAUAUUUCUUAAUUAAUUUUUAGUUCAAUAUAAAUUGAUUUUUAUGUAUUUAAAGGAUUCAGUUAGUAAUCCACCCCUGAAUCCAACAGUGUUUGAAGGUGCAGCACAUGCAUCAACUGGUGAGGUUUUUAUUUGGCGUUGUACUCUUCUGCCCUCCAGUGGUUCAAAGCAGCCACUGUUAAAGAUGUUUCCAUAAAAUGUUCAUUAAUAACGAGUUGGAGUGAGAGCUUCUGUUAUUAAUUAAGCCAAGACCACCAGAAUACUGCAGAAUGGAUGUUAUUAGCCAUAGGGUUACUGAAUAUGCAUUUACGUUUCUAAUGACAAAAUGUUUGCAGUAAUUAUCAAAUGAACACUUGAAACAUGAAUUUGUUCCUUUUCUGUUGCUGUUCUUCACGUGACUGUUAAUUAUAUCUUCUGGAAUAGGGAUUAACAUUUUUAAAUAUACUGUCUUAUAUACUCUACUGAUAGGGAGGAGUUCUUUUAUAUCUUGAUGUAAUAAAUGAGUCGUCAGGUCAGCUCUGAUCACCUGAUUAAGAAAACUAACUGUAAUGUAAACUUAUACAGCUAUUAUGCUCACUUUCAGGCCUUUUCCCAAUCAGUGGUGUCUAUACUAGUGUUACAUGUUUGAGAAUUUCUUCUUUUUUUGUGAUUGACAGAGAGAGUAGUAUAAAUGCACUUUAUUUGGGGAAAAAAAAAUCUUAAUUUGCUGGUAUUGUUUGUAAGUUACUUUGAAGAAAAAGUAAAUAUACUGUAUACAAAUAUGGAUUCUACAAAUGAACACAAAAGUCCAAGUAUAAAAACAUUCCACGUUUCUCUGUUCACUGAAAGUGUAUUUAUUUGUACCAUGGGGCAUUUUUGUUUGUGAUAGAUGUGAUUCAAAUGCAGACACCUGAAGUGCAGUAUGUGGAAUAAAAUUCUGAGAUUUGUUCCAAAACAUGACAA